AAUUUCAUUUUUUUUUCGUGUUUUUUUUUUUUAAGUAAGAGAGGAGAGAGAAAGUAAUCGCCGUGUUUAGACAAGAGAGAGAGAACAUGACCGAAAUUUUAGGGCACAGAUCUUUCAAAAUUCUCCUCUUUUUCUCCUCAAUCGCUUCUCUAUUGAUUGCAGGCUCAGCUAGUGACCCAUCUCAAGUUUCUAAAGAUGGAAAGAAUGCUGAGACCCCUCCUCGUUCCCAUAGUCAAGGCUUGGGAUUUAAGGUUCUAGUGAUAUGCUUUGGGGUUGCAGCAGUUGUGGCCUUCUCCGUAUUCUUAUUCAAGAAAUGGCAGAAGAAGAAGAGGGAAGAGCAGCAUGCUCGCCUUUUGAGGCUUUUUGAGGAAGACGAUGAGCUCGAACUCGAGCUCGGCCUGCGGGAUUGAUAUCUCUCAAUCAUGGUUUCUCAUUGUAAUAUUUGUUUCGAGGUAUGCUUCCUCCUUUGAAUAGAUCUUCUCUCUCUGUUCAUGCAGUUCAUGUUUGUACUUUUAAAUUCUUGCCUAUUCAGCUUUGUGUGUAAGUGGUGACGGGAAGUCUGAUAUUAUAGCAAUUUUGAAUUGGAUUAGUUUUCUGUUGAAUUGAUCUUUCUUUCUCUACGUUUUGAUGAGGGCGAACAACAUAGGCUCUUCUUCGAGAAAUAACCGAAUUUCGUUUGAUUAAUGUUGUUCAAGUGAA